GUAAUGCUUCGAUGUGCUGGCGUGUUGCUCCAAUUAAUUAAGGCACUUUGAGCUUUGAACAACAUUUUCUCUAACAGGAGAACCAUUGCAGACUGGGGUAGCCUCCUGCGCGUCGGUUUGCUGUGCGCUUCUGGUGUUUAUAAUAGUUCAUUGUCGGUGUCGUCAUUUCAAAGUGUCUGCCAUGUUGGGAGAAGCGGAGCCACAAUGGUUGUCCGAGGAAGUGAAAACAGGAACAACCAUCAUUGCUAUAGAGUUUAAUGGAGGGGUGGUCUUAGGCUCUGAUUCCAGAGUGUCUGCUGGGGAAUCUGUGGUAAACAGGGUGAUGAAUAAACUGUCUCCACUUCAUGAUAAGAUCUACUGCGCUCUGUCAGGAUCUGCAGCAGAUGCUCAGACCAUUGCUGAGGUAGUGAACUACCAGCUUGAUGUCCACAGUAUGGAAAUAGGUGAGGACCCAAAGGUUCGAUCAGCUGCCACUCUUGUGAGAAACAUCUCAUACAAAUAUAAGGAAGAGAUGUCAGCACAUCUUAUAGUGGCGGGCUGGGACAGAAAAGAUGGAGGACAGGUUUUUGCAACCCUCAAAGGACUCCUGACCAGGCAGCCUUUUGCUGUUGGAGGCUCCGGAAGCUCCUAUGUUUACGGAUUUGUUGAUGCUGAGUAUCGCAAAGGAAUGAGCAAGGAGGAGAGCCAGCAGUUUGUGGUCAACACUCUUGCUUUGGCAAUGAACCGUGACGGCUCCAGUGGGGGUGUGGCCUACUUAGUCACCAUUGAUAAACAUGGAACAGAAGAGAAAGUCAUUCUGGGAAAUGAUUUACCCACUUUUUUUGACCAGUGAUACGAU